UCAGCUUCCGGCGGCAUUCGAAAAAUGGCCGGCUUGAGGCAAACGCCGCUCACUUGUUCGGGUCAUACCCGGCCCGUGGUGGACCUGUGUUUCUCAAAGUUAUCCUCGACGGGCGCCUACUACCUAAUCUCGGCAUGCAAAGAUGGCAAACCGAUGCUCAGGCAGGGAGACACUGGAGACUGGAUUGGGACGUUCGUCGGGCACAAAGGCGCCGUCUGGGGCGUUGCUCUCAACAGGGACGCCUCCAGGGCUGCCACCGGUGCAGCUGACUUCACUGCCAAGCUGUGGAACGCAGUGGCCGGGGAGGAGCUCCACACCUUUUCUCAUCCCCACAUAGUGCGUUCCGUGGACUUCGACCCCGACGGCAACAAGCUGCUGACGGGAAGCAAUGACAAGUCACUCCGGAUCUUUGACGUCAACAAGGUGGACGCUGAACCCACUGUGCUGAAAGGACAUACAUCUGCUAUCAAGAAAGUGCUGUUCCUCCAAGACGAAAAGCGCUUUGUUUCUGCAUCGGACGACAAGACAGUCAGGUUCUGGGAUUACGUGAGCGGGGCAGAAGUGGGCAAGCUGGAUCUGCCCAGUGCCCCAAGCGACCUGGAGCUGACCCCGGAUGGCAGCAUGCUCUUGGUCACCCAUGGUCACUUGGUGAGCACGUGGAGCACCGAAACCAUGGAAAAACUGAAGGAGUUCCAGAUUCCAAGCCAGGUUAACUCAGCAUCCCUGCUGCCUGACAAGUCCUUCUUUGUCUGUGGAGGCGAGGACUUCAAGAUGUACAAGUUCGAGUACGAAACUGGAACAGAGCUUGAAUCAUUCAAGGGACACUUCGGACCCGUGCACUGCGUAAGAUUUUCCCCCGACGGCGAGCUGUAUGCGAGCGGAAGCGAAGAUGGAACCCUGAGACUCUGGCAGACAACGGUUGGCAAAACGUACGGCCUGUGGAAGUACGUACAGCCAACGGAAGGCCCCGCUGGUGAGGGCGUGGCAAACAACAACAAUAACAACGAAAUUCCCACGCCCCCCGACACUGCUGCCACGACGCCGACCGCCAACAGUGCCGUCAAAGCAGAGGCAUGAUCUCCUCCCAGGGCUGGUGCGAAAAGAAACCUGGAACUGAGAUCCAGCAAGCGUUUAAGGGCAGUCUUGGAUCCUGCACAAAUGAAAGGCGGAUGAUGCCACUGUGCAACUUGCAGCAUAGCAGAAGUGGCCCCGUUUGCUUAAGGUCGGCAGACGGCAGAAAGUCCAGAAGUGUUCUGUCACCACAGUUGCAUGCAGAAUGUUCGUGUCUUUUUUUAUUUUUCCCUGACUUUUUUUUUUUUUGAAGGAGGUGAGUAACUAAGGGGAGAAAAAAGUCCUCCGGUUCAGAUUGUGUUCUGCCAACCAUGUUACGCACAGUUAUACUGGUAUCGUGGAAGUGCGGUUGCCGCCUUUGCUUUAUCCAAAGUUUGGGCAUUUUCUUUUGACGUUCGUUUGGAGCAUCGGGGCUCGUCUACCAAAAGUCAGUAGACAGCUGGAAAUCUAGCAUUGUGGUGGUCUCACUGCAAUUGCACGCACGAUGAUUGUGCUUCCGUUUCUUUUCAUUCAACUUCUUUGUUUUUCAUUUCUCUGGUGUCUACCUAUGAGAAAACCAAGUUGACUACAAGGAAGAAGGGGGUCGUUUGCUUCAAAUUUUGUCCUGGUAGCAAAGUUAUGCAUAGCAAUACAGUGUUCUGCAAUUGUAACAGUUUUACUAUGCUGAAGCUGGGGCAUUCUCAUCUUUUCUCUCACUUCUUUUAUUUUUUGUCUGGUUUCUUAGCUGGCAAAAGAGAAUGUGUGAAGGCCAUAGUUUGGCACUGAUGGACGUGUAAUGAUGCUUUCUUUCUUGUUACAUAAUGAAAAAGCAGGUUUACUGUACCCAAAGCUUGGGUGACUUUUUCUUUCUCCUGUUUAGUUCAUAGUGCGUUACAUCAUAAAGGAGAUAAAAUUGAACUGGAAAGCACUGUCUGGUGUUGUUAGGGGUCGAUUGAAGCCUUCUUUGUUGUUAAGCUUAGUGCAUAAACCUUUGUGCUGUGAAGCUUCUAUAUCUGUUUAGCAUUAUGCAGUGCUUGACAUUCAUUACAGGAGGAUUGGUAUGCAAAUGAAUCUGCAACAAGCAUUGCUUUAUGACUGUGAAUUUAGCUAAAAUGUGGCAAAUUGUGCGUGUUGAUGUGCAAAAUUUUUAAAGAUUUCUUGCUUCAACCUUUUUACUACAUGGGCUUUCACCCAUUUUUGUCUGUGAAAUGGCAGUUUGAUAUUGUAGAUCAAGUUGGAUUCCUGUGUCAUAGACUUUCCAGUUAUCACUUAACAUUGGCAGAUAUCAUGUUCUCGUGGCUCUGUGUACUUUACAGUCGCGUGCAUUGCCAACUCCUUCAUGUAACCUACACCCUCACUUUAAACUCUCGGAAAGUUCUCCAAGAUCAGUACUGUAGAACAACUGCAUAUUCAUUACAACAUUUGUACCUUUACAUAAGGAACUCUGUGCAGUUGCAUGUUUGAAGCGAAGGUACAGUUAUCCGCUUAUCACAGAAUUGACGACUGCUGCCUGCUUGAAGCGCAGUGUGGUCUCCCAGCAAUGCAGACUACAUUUAGUGUGAAUCUGCCUUGUUUAGCUUCAUGGCAGCGCACCUUGAAUUGACAUCAACCACACCUGAAGGUAAACUUGUUUGCCUACCAGCAAUGUGCUCAAAUGUAAGCAUUUUUGGUGUACUGCACUUUGAGCUUGUGCGUACAAAGAACAAGUAGAAGUGAAAAACUAAAACUGUCUACAAUGAAUACUUUGUGGCUAGAAGGAAGGAUGGUUCAGUUUCAGUAUUUCAAGUAUUUUACGCAGGUUGGGAUGACAUUUUAAAAUGUGCAGUUGGCAUAAAAGGUUUUGGGAACGAAGCAUGAUGUUUCAGUACAACUGUUUUGAUACAUGCUCAUCACUGUAGCAGUUGUAUAGCGCUUACGAAAAAGAUGCAGUUACAAGAAAGCUCUUCAUUUGAAAAUUUUCUAUUCUUCAAGCAAGAAUCUGGAACCCAUGUUCUGCAUAAGCUAGCAGCUUUUGGUCCAUGAACAUUUAUCCGGAACGGUAUGCUUUUCCAUGAAUGUGGAGCCCUUUUGGAUGCAUUAGUACCCACAAAGGCAAGAAGCUCUGAUUUAACACUGUUCCAGCUUUCCCGUAUGAAACUUGUGCAGAACAGAGUUGUUUACAUGGCAAGGUAAUUAUCAGGUUCUAAAGCUUUUGGGCAACACUUGAGAUACCUUGAAUCCCUUUCAAGUGCUUCGUAGCCAAGUGACUAUAAAGAUAACUUUCCUUCAACAAAGUUUUCCUGCCCAUACAAAAUUUCUUUAACAGUUUAUGUGGUUCAUAAACAUUUUUUCCACAGCUUUGUACAUUUUGAUGAAACAUAGUUUCCCUUCUUUUUGUGUGCUGUAUAGCAAUGAGAGGUACGAAAAAAAUGCUUCAACAGAAUUUUCUAGGUUGCCUGACUGAAGAAGAGAGUUGUUUAUGCGGCAUGGUAGUUGCUUACGUGGUUCAUAAACCUUUGUUCGUAACUCUGCGCACUUGAGUAAAGCAGAAUCUGUGUUUUGUGCUCUAGUAGCCGCAGCUGAUAAGCCAGCGGCUUGGCAGCAUUAGUGGAGCUUUCCUGCUAGAAGAUCUCUGGAAAGGAGUUCUUCAAUUUAGUUUGCUUAAUGAGAAAGUUUGGCAUAGCUUUACUCGUGGAUAUGUGAUGUUGGUGUUCAUCUCACCCGCAUCGUAACAUCUGUGAAGCUGCAGCAGAAAUUAAGUGAAUGCUGAUUUUUCAACGGUAGACACACCUGAUGUCCUUUUUUAUUCCAAGUGUUUGAUUUUGCCGUGUUAGACAUUUGAUUUCCUUCUAUUCCUUCCCUAAAAAUGGCAGGCUGCUAUUGGACGAGUAGAAAUGUUACAUUUUGUUUGCGUUACAUUGUGUUACCAGUUCUAUUCUGAAGCAGUCAACUGUGAUUCUCCAAGAACGACCUGUCCUCUUCCUCUACAAUGGGAGUGACGCUUGCCUCAAGCCGGAAAUAUAUUGAUGACUGUGAACUUCUCAAAAUAAAAGUUUGGCAUGCCAUGCUAAAGAAUA